AUGCAUUUAAAUGUUCCCAGUUGUAAUGGUGGUAUUCAAUCAGCAUCUAGUAGCGGCACUAAAACAAGUGAAUCAAUUAAUCGUGGUACCAGUCUAGUUAUUCGUAGUCAUAAUGACUUAGUGAUUGACGGUGAAUCUGGUGCAAACGGUGAAUUUAAUGAUUUUUUCCCCAUUAUGCAUUACAUGGUUAAGUCUUUGAGUUAUAUUCCUUAUUAUUGGGGUACUUGUUUGAGAGCUGUGAUACUCGAUGAAGAAGAACUAAAAUUAUAUGAAGUAGGUAGUGUUAUCACAUGGCUACAAUUUAGUUCAUCGGCUAAAGGUGAUGAUCCGGUUAAUUAUUUUCAAUCACGUAACACCUAUUUUCAUAUCUAUUCACUGACGGGUCGAGCAAUAUCAUUUUUAUCUAAUUUACCCAAGGAAAAUGAAAUAUUAUUUUUACCUUACUCGACGUUUUUAAUUCUAAAAAAAGAAUAUUCUCGAUUAGAUCAAAAGACACACAUUUAUAUAAGACAAGUAGAAUUAGGUAUAUCAAAAAAUUCUCUAUUGUGGGUAGAUGAUAUGAUUAUGAAGGAAGAAUGGCAAAAUAAGAGAAUAAUGGAACAGGGUUGCAGUUUAGGUUUAUCGAAAAAUGUCCAUAUUAUUCCUAAAAUCAGUACUCAUUUAGCACUAUCCUAUCUAGACUCUGGUUUUGGACAACAAAUAUUAAGAUCCAAUAGAAACUUUCGUAUUCUUUCCGACAUGACUCGACCAGACGAGGAAAAUGGUGGCGAAGCAGGAGCUAUUUUAAUGAAAGAAUUGAAACGACGUGGUUUUGAGCAUUCAAUGAUGUUGUUCGUAUUCAAUGAAAAAAAUGCUAAGAAUGCUGUCAAGAAACAUUUGGGAGAAAAUGUAAAAGGAAUUACUAUAACGACAGAUGAAGAUGCAGCAAAAGCAUUCAUUAUAGGAAAAAAUUAA